AUGGAGCGAAAGAUCCUCCACCUGGAUGUCUUGUUUCCGGAAAUAACCUGUGGAAGACUGACUGCGGCUUGGACCCGCUUCCGACCCUUGUCCUUUGAAGUACCCAAGCCCCUGUUUCCUGUCGCAGGGGUGCCUAUGAUACAGCAUCACAUUGAGGCAUGCACUAAGGUUCCCAACAUGAAGGAGAUUCUCCUGAUUGGGUUCUAUCAGCCCAAUGAAGCUCUCAACCGCUUCCUGGUGUCGGCCCAGCAAGAGUUCAAAAUGCCCAUCCGGUAUCUGCAAGAAUAUGCAGCCCUUGGCACAGGAGGUGGCAUCUACCACUUCCGGGACCAGAUCCUGUUGGGUAACCCUGGGGCCUUUUUUGUGCUCAACGCCGACGUCUGUUCCGAAUUCCCUCUAGAAGAGAUGCUGACCUUCCACCAGGAGCGCGGCAGCCCCGAUGCGUUCCUCAUGUUAGGCACCACGGCCAACAGAAAGCAGUCCCUGAACUAUGGCUGUAUCGUGGCGAACGCUGACUCCCACGAGGUCCUGCACUAUGUGGAGAAGCCCAGCACUUUUGUCAGCGAGCUCAUCAACUGUGGCAUCUACUUGUUCACGCCUGCAAUCUUCCAGCACAUCGGUGCGGUCUUCCAGCGGAACCAGCAGGAGCUGCUUCUGGGUUCAUUCCUGGGAGAGGAGAAUGCCAACGGUUGGCAGCGAGCUGAGGCCAUCAGAUUGGAGCAGGAUGUAUUCACAGCACUUGCUGGGCAGGGAUGCCUCUUUGCUUUCAAAACAGAAGGAUUCUGGAGCCAAAUCAAGUCUGCUGGAUCUGCCAUCUAUGCCAACCGCCUGUACCUGAGCUGCUACAAUCAGUGCCAUCCAGAGAGACUUGCCCAGAACCAUCCAGAUGGGUCCACUAUCCGAGGGAAUGUCUAUAUCCACCCAACAGCUUCAGUGGAUGCAACUGCUGUGCUGGGUCCCAAUGUCUCCAUUGGAAAAGGGGUAACAAUUGGGGCCGGAGUGCGUGUGCGUGAAUCCAUCAUUCUGCAUGGAGCGUCUCUCCAGGAUCACACCUGUGUGCUUAACAGCAUUGUGGGCUGGGAUAGCACCAUUGGACGAUGGGCUCGUGUGGAGGGCACCCCGAGUGACCCCAACCCUAACGACCCCUAUGCAAAGAUAGACAGUGAGACACUUUUUCGAGAUGGCCGCCUCACCCCUUCGAUCACCAUUCUGGGUUGCAAUGUGACCAUCCCUGCUGAAGUGGUCAUCCUGAAUUCUAUUGUUCUUCCCCACAAGGAGCUCAGUCGGAGCUUCAAGAAUCAAAUCAUUCUCUGAGGGGCCCAGAUGUAGCCCCCGGCAGCCCCCAGAAAGAAGGGCAGAGCCCCUCCUGAUGAGGUCGCGUGUGAUGACAUCAUCAGCCAUGCCCUGUCUUUUUGCCUGGACCUCCUGCUCUGGCGUCUCUAAAGAUCUCCCUCUGGGCCUGCUCAUGGAGCAGGGGAGGGGAGUUUCUCUCUUGGGCUGCAGGCAUUUGGGAUGAGUCACCUUCUCUUCAUUCUAGAACUGCUGCAAGUUCCACCCGGAAAGAAAGAAGGAAGCCAGCCAUGGCCAGUGGCCAUAAUGCUGCCUCAGAAAUGCUGGAGGAACUGGUGGCAAAGGGGUAUGGAAGCACCAAAGUUGUAGCCUUCUCUGAGUAGCCAGACCCCUAAGAAACCACAGGGCCUAUCUUUUUGCACCCCUGGAUCUUAGGGGCACUCAACACACCCAAUUCCCACCAGCCACAUAGCACCUCUCCUGGUUUCCCAGAGUAGGAUGCUGGUAGACCAGAGCCAGUGUAGGGUCAGAGCAGGUGGUGUCGCCCAUGUGGCAGAGAGAUUGGCAACGCCACAGCAUGGGACCCUCUACCCCCCUUUUUGGGGCAUUGCUUCAGUAAGGCACUAAACUGGGCUCAAAGGAAGCUGCCAAGCAGAUGUGCCGUACUUAGACUACUGGUCAGCCGUUGCCUCCAUAGGGUGUCCAGGAAGAGGGCUCCAGCCCGUUGAAGGGUGGGUCUGCCUUCACACAGCUUUUCUUCUGCUGCCGGGUGAGGUUUUGAUCUCAAGGCUCCAGUGGAUGGUGUAGAAAUGUUGGGGGAUGAACAGCAGCUGGAUGUGACAUGCCUUUCUGAAGAAAUGUCUUAGCUUUUUGUUCGUUUAGAAUAGCUUCCCAUGAGGAUGGGAGCCUGUGCUCAGUAGGUGCUUUGGGGGUCAGAACCAGGUCUGCAGCAUGUGAAAAAUAUCCCCAUCUGCUGUUAGGAUGUGAAGGUUUAUGCAUGUUUCAGCUCUGGGCUGAGAAAGUCCUUUACCAUCUGUCUUUUGUAUAAAAGGUUGCAGAGAUAGUGGUCACAAACAGAUUAGGAGAUUUUUUCCCCCCUGACAUAACUUUUAGAAGCCCCAUUAAAGUGGUAAAUCCAGUUUUCUUUGCCAUCACAAUAAUGGUUGUGUUCACACUGGCAGUUUGGCCCGAUAGAGGCACAUUUCACAGAUGGAUUAAACGGGCAGGAUCACACAGCCACAUCUUUCAGGCGUUCCCCGGGCGUAC